AAAUAUCAACCUCAAGUUUCACUCCUUUUUCACCUUUUUAGAACUUCUCAGGUCUCAUGAGGCAAUAUCAGUUUGGCUUCUCCUCAGUCACACAGCUGGCCAUCACCAUACACAAUUUGGACACCCGGGACACUCUACAGAGGGAAUUUGCAGAUUUCAUCAAAGAGCAGGAGCUCCUCUCACGCCCCAUGGUUGCAGGCCUGCGAGUGACUCCGAGCUCCAUGACAAAGCGCGUCCUAGAAAAGCAGCGGGAGCUGGUCCGACAGUGUGAGAUGGCGUUGCAGGGCGAUGAACUGGAUAGGACCAAUGUUACUUCACUACUAGAAUCUCACCUGCAGGCUGACACGAAAGAUUUCCUAGAGCGCUACAGCCAUCGAUACAAAUCCCACGCCCUCAAAGCUGGGAUAGCCAUCGGGGUAGGCGCUGUGGGAUUAGCCGGAGGGGCCGUUGGAGCUGGUGUUGCAGCGGCCAUGUUGGCUGCAGAAGCCAUUGUGCUGAGCACUGGUACGGCCGCUACCUUUGCCAUUGGGACUAUGGCCGGGGCGGGCACCUUUGCACUCGUUGGAGGAGGAGUGGGGGCUGGUUUAGGGAGCAGUAUAGGGGAGCGUAGGGCUCGUGAGGCUGAGAAUGUGGCUGAACCUGACUGUGAGAAUGAAGAAGCAGAGGAUGAUCUCUCCGAUGAGAGGUGUCUUCUUCGCCAGUAGGUCACACCUUAAGAGUUGACAACAGACCAGGGCCUGUGGCCUAGUUUCCUCUGCAGGAAAGAUGGUAGGAUAACAGUCUAAUGCCAGCUUCUGUUAUCAUGGAUCCCAGAGGUGAGGAAACAGAAGAGGAGUGAUUCUCUCUGUCUCAUGAACCAUGAAGGCUUGAUCUCCCCAUAUCUAUAGUGGUUGGCUAUGGGAGAGCAACACGGGGGCAAACUCAAGCGAUACAAAUUCCCUGGUGGUGAGUGAAGGCAAAGUAAUAAGGCCAUCUGAUGCUAGGGUGAUGUGUUGACCUCUAGUGGAAUAAAAAGGGAAUAGAAUUUAUGCCCUGUCUUCCUUUUGGUUUCCUUCUUUCCCAGGGGUAAGUGACUCAAACAGCUAGCCCUUCAAGAGUCUUCCUUCCUUCCUCAGGUGAGAAGUCAUUCCCCCCCCCUCCGAACUGCUCCAAGACUGUAAGCAGAGUUGAUGGGGAAAUAGGGUCCUCCCUCUUUCUGUACCACUAAGCAGUGUUAGGGAAGAAGGUUUAUCUUUAGCACCAGUUUGUGGUAGAAACGAAGUUUGUGCCACCCUCUUUGGCUGCGCAGUACAUUCUACGAUAAGGAACCACGGAGUGGCUCAAAAUAGAACAUUAUGGGAUGUACAACAGUUUCAAACUGAAGAGGAGCUUUACAACAGAUAUUUCUAUAUUCUGCAAAAAAAGAGGAAUAAAGUAUAUAAGAUGUGUCCCCCGCCCCACCCCAUAGAGUUGACCAGUACUCUUCUCUCUCUCUGCAGGAUGUUUCUGAAGGUCAGUGCCAUCCAAACAUUACAGUAGUUCAUUAGGUUAAUUAAUUCAGGGUCGUGUUAAUGUAGUUUCUCAGGUGUACCAUGUGGGGUAAAUGAGGGAUGCAGUUCCAGAUUCACCUGGGCCACAGCAAAGGCUGCUGGGAAAUUUCCAUUCCCUCGUAGGAACAAAGCCUCUCCUCACAUGCUCAGGGAACCCUUUCUUAGCCAUUUCAAGUUGUUUGUUCAACAUGCCCAGGAGCAGGGUGAAAUCUUCCAGGAUGCUCCAGCGAAUUAUUGUCAGGAAAAAAAUGUAUUAAUGUUCUGUACAUUAUAUCAAAGUGCCUUGACUUUUGCGGCUGCUUAUUCCUUGUUUCUACCCAUCCAACAUCUCUUUGGGUCGUCUUUCAGAAAAUAGAGUUAUUUAUUUCAA